CUUCUUACUUCGAUGUAUAUACUGGCGACGGUAGCGCCUCGUUGUCGUUUAAUGCAACCAUGUCUGUCUCUGAUGAUUUGUUUCCUUCUUUGCUGCCUGAACCGGUUAUUUUCUUCUGUAAAAUCCUUCCGCUUUGACCUUAGUCUCCACAAACUCCCCUCUGCCGCGAUCCCAACUCUACUGUACAUCUUCCAGCACGUCUUCAGCGAGUCUGAGGCUGUUAUAUACGCAAAACACUUGCUUCUCCCCCUUCGGCUUCCUGAAGAGUCCUUUUUCGAGACACUGUCACCCGUUGAACAGGCCCUCGCUUGCGUCGUAAUUGCACCUACUGGGUGGGGGAAGACACUGUGUCUUGAUACCACUUCUGUUAUUUCCAACAAUGACUUCAAUCACCGUAUCACCACUGAAGCGCCUCCAAAUCAUGCAGGUAUGUCAUCUAUACUCUUUCUUUCAGUUUACUUCAUAGCAUGAAAGGCACGGUCCUAAGUUGAAUGUUUCCAUAUCUGAACACUUUCAGUCAAUGAAGAUACCAAUCACUCUGAUGAACUCUGGAAGGUACGCGUGUGUUUUUCGUUGCUCAUCGUUCAGCCAGAGCAACU